AGGCUGGGGUGACCAAGAACACGUGCCUUCUUGAGAAGAAGGAGAACUAUUAGCCAGAUGGGGCUGGAGAGUGCUUGGUGAGGAAGAGGAGGCUCUUGCCACAAACCAGCUUGUCCUAUAGAUCCUCCCAGAAGGCCCUGGGCCAGAGAGAUUCCCCAGGCUCUCAGAGACUGGCAGCCUCCUUGUUCCUUUUGGUGAUGAUGAGGGUGCUGUUUAUCUGCAUGGCAAGUUGCCUCCUGGUGGUGAAUGGUGGAAACACCAUCAAUCGCUGUGCCUUGGCCAAGAUACUGCACGAGGAGGACUUGGAUGGGUUUGAGGGCUACUCCCUGCCGGACUGGCUGUGCCUGGCUUUUGUGGAAAGCAACUUCAACAUCUCAAAGGUGAAUGAGAAUGUAGAUGGCAGCUUCGACUAUGGGAUCUUCCAGAUCAACAGCCAUUACUGGUGCAACGACUAUCAGAGUCACUCGGAGAACUUCUGCCACACAGACUGUCAAGAACUACUGAAUCCCAACCUCCUUUCAUCCAUCCACUGUGCGAAAAAGAUUGUGUCUGGAUCAGGAGGGAUGAAGAACUGGGUAGAAUGGAGGUUGCACUGUUCAGGACGGCCACUCUCCUAUUGGAUGACAGGAUGCCAUCUGGAAUGAACCAGAGUGCAAACCCACUGGAGAGUCACUCCAGGACCCCUGUUCUACUUGGAGAUUCUUCACUAUUUCAUCUCCUUGCCUUCACCUCAUAUUUUUUCUCUUCCCACUAACAAGUAAAACUGGCCAGAGUCCCGGUGGAAAAAUGUCUUACCAAGGUUCCCUGCUUGUGUUCAUCCAGGCACAGUUCCUUUGUUCCUAUCAUUUGCAAACCAAGAAGAUGUCAAAUAAAUACAAUUAUUUUCUAAAUGAA